AUGUCGAAUCUUUCAGCACGAACAGGACGAGACCGUCAACGUUACGAAAACAACUUCCGUCUCGUUUCUGGAUGCAUUCCGUAUAGGGUAGUGAAAGAUGAAGAGGACUCAAGUGUUGACUUUGAAAACAAGCUUCAAGUUCUUAUGGUUUCAUCUCCUAAUCGACAUGAUCUUGUCUUCCCAAAGGGAGGAUGGGAAGAUGAUGAGACUGUUCUCGAAGCUGCUUCUCGAGAAGCCAUGGAAGAAGCAGGAGUUAAAGGAAUACUAAGAGAAGAUCCAUUAGGAGUUUGGGAAUUUAAAAGCAAGAGUAGCAGUGUGGAAGCUGAAUGCUACUUAGGUGGUGGAUGCAAAGGUUAUAUGUUUGCGUUAGAAGUGAAGGAAGAACUUGCGACAUGGCCAGAGCAAGAAAACCGGCAGAGGAGAUGGCUGAAUGUUAAAGAAGCUUUGGAACUGUGUCGGUAUGAGUGGAUGCAGAGCGCUCUUGAAGAGUUUCUGAGAGUAAUGGCAGAAGAUGGAAGGACAAAGGAAGACUCUCUUGCCGUUUCCAGCAUUUCAAAUCGAGGAGAGCAUCAAAUCGAUCCUCGGUACUGCUUUGUAGUUAAUUAG